AUGGAAGUGGAGUUGGAGACCUUCUCCGACCUUGACGCCGUUCGUGAGUCCUCUGAGGAUAAGCGCAAAGCCGAGCGCUAUUCCACCCUACGCAAUCAACUACACGAGGCCAAUCAACGCCUCUCUAAUGAGUACUCCGAGACCCAGCUGCAGCUCUCCUCACAGGACACGCAUAUUCAGCUGACGGCGCUAGAGAAGAAGUUGGAGACCGCCUACGAGGAACUGGCUAGCCAGGCUCGUGCACUGGUCGCUGAGUACAAUGACAUUCUGAAGCGAUCCCUCUCUACCAAGAUGCCCAUCUAA